GGACUGAAAAAGCGCGAGAGGAGGCACUGUCCGCGCGCCACAGAGGCGGGUCUGAGGUUCGGCGACACCGCCCGGAGUGCCCCGCGUCAGGCCCGGGAGACGGACCGCAGUGCCCGCGUCCCACCUCCUCUCUCGACGCUCACGGCCCCGUUCCGCCCACGGACUGCUAUGGCGUCUGCGGCGGCGGCGCUGAGGGACCCGCCUCAGGAUAGUAUGACCUUUGAAGACAUUGCCGUGUACUUCUCGUGGGAGGAAUGGAGGCUCCUUGAUGAGGUUCAGAAGCACUUGUACCACGAUGUGAUGCUGGAAAACUUUACACUCAUAUCCUCACUGGAUGUGACACACCAGAAGCAGCACAUGGAAGAGAAAUCCUUCAGAAACGCUGUAGUCAGGGCCUUGUUUAUGAAGAGCUGCAAAUGCCAUGUGUCAAGGAAGCCCUUUACCUGUGAGGAAGUUGGGAAAGACUUUCUGGCCACCUUGGGACAUCUCCAGCCACAGACCCCUCACACCAGGGAGAAGCCAAAUGAGAUUGCCCAGCGUGAGGCAACUUUACAAAGCAGAGGAAGUCAUUACAGCCGGGGAGAAUGCAAGAAAGCCUUCAGCCCAAAACAUGCACUUGUUCAGGACCAGGGUGUCCACCCUGGAAGACAUUGUUUUGUGUGCAGUGAAUGUGGGAAGACAUUCAGGUACAAAUCCUCAUUUGUUGUGCACCAGAGAGUGCAUACUGGGGAAAGGCUUCAUGUGUGUGGUGAGUCUGGCAAAUCUUUCAGACGAACCUCAACCCUCAAUCUGCAUCGAAGAAUUCAUACUGGGGCGAGGCAGUACAAGUGCAGCAAAUGUGGGAAAUCCUUUAACCAAAACUUUGUCCUUAUUCGAGAACGGACAGUUCACACUGGAGAAAGGCGUUAUGAGUGUACUCAAUGUGGGAUAUCUUUUAGACGAAAAUUUUACCUCAUUGUACACUGGAGAGUUCACACAAGAGAAAGGCCUUACGAUUGCAGUGAGUGUGGGAACUCUUUUAACAAUAGCUUGGUGCUCAUCCUACACCAGCGAGUACAUAAAGGGGAAAGGCCUUUUGCUUGCAGUGAAUGUGGGAAAUCUUUUACCAAUAGCUCGAUACUCAUUCUCCACCGGAGAGUUCACACAGGAAAAAGGCCUUAUGAGUGCAGUGAGUGUUGGAAAUCCUUUAGUCAUCAAUCUUACCUCACUCAGCACUGGAAGGUUCAUAGUGGAAAAAGGCCUUAUGAAUGCAGUGAAUGUGGGAAAUCUUUUAUGUCUCGCCGUGGCCUCCAUUAUCAUCAGAGAGUUCACACUGGAUCAAGGCUUUAUGAAUGUAGUGAAUGUGGGAAAUCUUUUACGUCUCGCCCUGGCUUCCAUUAUCAUCAGAGAGUUCACAGUGGAUCAAGGCCUUAUGAAUGUAGUGAAUGUGAGAAGUCUUUUACCUCUCACUCUGGCCUUCGUUAUCAUCAGAGAGUUCACAGUGGAGAAAGGCCUUAUGAGUGCAGUGAGUGCAGAAAAUGUUUUACCUCCAGCUCUGCCCUGUGUCAUCAUCAGAAGACUCAUGCUGGAGAUAGGCCUUAUGAGUGCACUGUAUGUGGGAAAUGUUUUUCCUAUGGUUCCACCCUCCGUUAUCAUCAGAGAGUUCACACAGGAGAAAGGCCUUAUGUGUGCAAUGAAUGUGGGAAAUCUUUUUCCUCUAGUUCCAACCUCAGCAAUCAUAAGAGAAUUCACACAGGAGAAAGGCCUUAUGUGUGCAGUGAAUGUGGGAAAUCCUUUAUCCAAAGAUGUCAUGUUCUUAUACACCAAAGAGUUCACACAGGAGAAAGGCCUUAUGUGUGCAGUGAAUGUGGGAAAUCUUUUUCCUCUCGUUCCAACCUCAGCAAUCAUAAGAGAAUUCACACAGGAGAAAGGCCUUAUGUGUGCAGUGAAUGUGGGAAAUCCUUUAUCCAAAGAUGUCACUUUCUUAUGCACCAAAGAGUUCACACAGGAGAAAGGCCUUAUGUGUGCAGUGAAUGUGGGAAAUCUUUUUUCUCUAGUUGCAACCUCAUUAAACAUGAGAGAAUUCACACAGGAGAAAGGCCUUAUGUGUGCAGUGUAUGUGGGAAAUCCUUUAUCCAAAGAUGUUACCUUCUUAUACACCAGAGAGUUCACACAGGAGAAAGGCCUUAUGAGUGUAAUGAGUGUGGGAAAUCUUUUACCACUAGGAGGAACCUUCGUUAUCAUCAGGGAGUUCACACUGGAGAAAGCCCUUAUGAGUGCAGUGAAUGUGGGAAAUCCUUUAGGAGAGAGUCUUCUCUCAUUGAACACUGUAGAGUUCACACUGGAGAAAAGCCUUAUAAAUGCAGUGAAUGUGGGAAAUCUUUUUCAUCUAGGUAUGGUUUCCAUUAUCAUCAGAGAGUUCACACAGGGUUGAGGCCAUAUGAGUGUAGUGAAUGUGGGAAAUCUUUUAUCUGUAGUUCCAUUCUCCGUGAACAUCAGAGAAUUCACACUAACCAAAGUCCUUAUGAAUGCACUGAAUGUGGGAAGUCCUUUAGAGCAAAUUCUUAUCUCAUUGAACACUGUAGAAUUCAUACUGGAGAAAAGCCUUAUAAAUGCAGUGAAUGUAGGAAAUCUUUUUCGUCUAGGUCCGGCCUCCGUUAUCAUCAGAGAGUUCACACAGGAUCGAGGCCAUAUGAGGGUAGUGAAUGUGAGAAAUCUUUUCCCCAGAGCUCUGUGCUCCUUCAACAUCCAUGUUGA